AAUGUUAAAGAAUGUGCUUCGCAGUUGCGGAACUGCGAAAAUAAAACAACUUGGGGUUGCAAAAAUAUUUCCGCCGAAUUGGGUGGGCCGGUUCUUCACUGGGAAACAGAAGCUCUGUAUUUUUUCCAAUGGAGAAAAUUCCUUUACUCUGUUUGUUUUUCGCUCUCUCCUUUUCGUUUGAUUGCGCUCAAGUAGAGAAUGAUAAUGCAGAUCCUCCUCUAGCGAAUGGAUUGCCAUGGAUAUUUUACAAGAGCACCUGCCCCAAAAUGGAAUCCAUUGUCAAGAAAUGGAUCAAGUUUUAUUUAAACAAGGAUAUUACUCAGGCCACCGGUUUGCUAUGUCUUCAUUUUCAUGACUGUUUUGUUCAGGGUUGUGACGCUUGGGUUCUGUUGAAUGGAUCCGCAAGCGAGCCGAGCGAACGAGAAGGUUUUGAAAUAAUAAACGAAAUUCAAGAGCGUGUGGACAAGGCCUGUCGUGUCGUGUCUUGCUCAGAUAUUGCUGAUAUGGAGAGAAGUGCAGCUGUGAUGGACAGAGUGUUUAAGGAGGGGCGUAAACUUCUCCAACCUCAUAAACCUAAGCUAAACCGAGGACGGGGUCCACAACAUGAUUGCAUAGAUUGUUAAAGCAUCUGUUCCGCAGACCCCCAUUUUAAUGAUUUUGACUUUUAAUACAGAGAAGUGUAGCUGUAAAUUGUAAUGGAGAGAGUGGUUAAGGUGUUGUACACUUCAUCAACCUCAUAUGUCUAAGCCUCAUCCAGGGACGAUCCACUAAGUAAUUCCUAUGUAUUUUUUUAUUUAAAUUAUUUAUAAAUAUUAUUGACGCAUAAUUUUUAAAAAAUUGGCAGUUGGGGUCUACCCA